GACGUCACGAAGGCGACUGUAACAUCCCGCGCUCUCGCAGCGGCAGAAACCGAGCUACAACCCCAGUUCUUCAACACCAUCACCAACUUACUCGAUCCCAUCACGGACGUCAUCGCACCCGUGCUCGAUCCCAUUACGGACGUCAUCGUGCCCGUGCUCGAUCCUAUUACGGGCCUGCUCGAUCCCAUCACGGACGUCAUCGUGCCCGUGCUCGAUCCUAUUACGGGCCUGCUCGAUCCCAUCACGGACGUCAUCGUGCCCGUGCUCGAUCCCAUCACGGGUGUACUCGAUCCUAUCAUUGACGUACUUGAUCCCAUCACGGGUGUCCUCGAUCCCAUCACGGGUGUACUCGAUCCCAUCACGAACGUACUCGAUCCCAUCACGGGUGUCCUCGAUCCCAUCACGGGUGUACUCGAUCCCAUCACGAACGUACUCGACCCCAUCAUUGACAUCGCGCCGAUCACGAACGUACUCGACCCCAUCAUUGACGUGCUCGAUCCGAUUACGGACGUACUCGACCCCAUCAUUGACAUCGCGCCGAUCACGAACGUACCGGUACAGCCAACGUACACCAAAGGGCCUCGGUAUGGGCCGACGCACACCGAUUACGCGGUUAACCACCGCUACCGGGAGGACUCGGCUGAUGUUGACACUGUGACGAUUGCCAGCGAAGAAGGGUGCCCCGUGAUUCCAUGUCGCGAGUUCUUGGACUUUGAGGAUGGCAAGUGCACGUACACGCAGCUGCCGCGCGGUGCGCUCUGUCCGGGCCAGAGCAACGACAACGACGGUCCGUGCGAUGCCGACGAGAAUGACUACUGCGACGGCGACGGCACGUGUCUUAACGGCUACAAGGACCAAACCAUCGUCUGUCGCAGGGCCCGCAACCUCUGCGACGCGGCUGAGUACUGCAGUGGCGACAACAGCCAGUGCCCGGACGACGAGUUUGCGCCGUCGUCCAAAGUGUGCACCAAGAUGGGCAAGUCCACGGGUGGGCCAUGCGACGCACCCGACUAUUGCGACGGCCGUGGUCGCUGUGUGGACAAUUACAAGUCCACCAGACACAUUUGCCGCCGCGCCGUCGACGUCUGUGACGAGGCAGAAACGUGCACGGGCGUCAGCGGCGACUGCCCCAGCAACAGCUUUGCACGCAAGGGAAUCGAGUGCACCUCGAUUGGCGAAUCGUCGGGCGGCGCGUGCGACGACGUUGACCGUUGCGACGGCUACGGCAAGUGCAUUGACCACUUUAAAGGCACGAAACAUCUCUGCCGCCGGGAAGUCGACCUUUGCGACGAGCCCGAGUAUUGCUCGGGUGAGUGUGGCGUCUGUCCUGACGACGAGGCCGCGCCCAUGGGCAAGGUCUGCACGCAGAUUGGCAAGUCGAGUGGUGGCAAGUGCGACGGCGUCGAUGUCUGUGACGGGCACGGAGGCUGCAUCGAAACCUUCCUCGGCAGCGACGUUGUCUGCCGCCAAGCGCGUGAUAUUUGCGACGUGCCCGAGUAUUGCACAAGCUACAACGGCAAAUGCCCCCGCAACGAGUUUGCAUCCCGAACGACCGAGUGCACGUCGAUCGGAGAGUCGUCCGACCACGCGUGCGACGGCGUCGACUACUGCGACGGCAGCGGCAAGUGCGUCGACACCAUUGCGAAGGACACGCUGUGCUACGCCGCUGAGGACCUCUGUGACACGAGCCGCUUUUGCAACGGCGUCCAGGCCUCGUGCCCCCACAACAACGAGGACGCAAACUACGGUGACGGCUACGCCUCGGCGUUUGCGUACAAGGCGCGCCAGUGCUCGGCCAAGGCAGCGCACAAGCUUGUCUCGGUGUACGAUACGCCUGGGGGCCAAGCGGCGCUGCUCUUGGUGGCCGUCGCCAUGGUGGGUGCCGUCGCGGCGAUCGUUGCCGUCUCCGUGUCCAAGAAGAAGGAGCCGUCGAUCAUCUCGAUGGAAGAUGGCUACGUGCCGCUGACGCAAGACAUGCACUAA